ACCAGCAUUGGAGCUGGUGGUCAGACAAGCAGCAGUAAGCUCUUAACUGCCGCUCCUCCACCCUCUUUAAAAAGAGCUGAAUUUGAUUAAAAAAAUUCAGGGAUUUGAUCCUAAAUGUAGAAGUCAUUUGGACUACAGAUUUUGAGUUCUGUUCCCAGUUGAUUUUUUUUCCAGUCAUGCCCAGAAAAUCUGGGAAUUCAUUAGUUCUUUGAAGACAAAGCAAGAAGACUGGUUAAAUGAGUUCCAGAAAGAAAGGCCCUUGCCUUUCUGGCCAGCAGUUUGCUGAAGGAGAUGACAUCAUGAAGCUGCAGCCAAGUGACAGGCGGGUCCAAAAGGCGAGAAGUAUCUCCUCAGGACACAAGUCAACAGAGCCAAGGAGUCUUCAACCAACUCUUCAAAGAAGACGGCGAGGCCGCUCUAUGAAGAAAAGUCAUUCUGUGGAGAAAGGUUACUCUGAGGAGAAAACCUGUACAGUGGAGAAAAUUCCCUCCACCGAGAAAAACCUUUCUGCUGAGAAGCCUCCUUCCAUCAAUGAGAGGCGUCGCACUAGAGUUAGAAGCUUCUCCGCUGAAAAGCUGCUGAUAGCAGAGAAGCAUCCCAAUGCUGAAAAAAGCCUUACUACAGAGAAGAAGAGAUCCUCUGCUGAGAAGUACUCUUCAAAUGAAAAAGGUCAGAUGACCCAGAAAAGUUCUGCUGGGAGGCGCCACUCUGAGACACAUGGCUCUGGAAAGAGUCCUCCCUUUUCUGAGAAAUGCCACCCUACAGAGAAAUGUCAUUCAAGUGUGAAGCGUGGCUCUUCAGACAAGGAUCAUCCUGCAGAUAGAGGUCGUUCCAGCAAGAAAAGACGCCCUACAGAAAAACCUCAGAAAGGUCGGUUGACAGGGAGAAGUCCCUAUGCUCCUGCCACAGUGAGAGGGCGUCCUACAAAAAGAGGUCAACCCACAGAGAAAGGCCUUUCUACUAAGAAGGGUCCCUCUAAUGAGAACCGACCCCCUGCAAAGAAAGGCUGCUCAGCCAAGAUACAUAGCUCUGCAGAGAGAGAUCAGCAGAUACAGAAAGGUGGUGCUACAGAUAGUAGAGUCCCUAGAGAGAAAUACUGCCCUUCAAGGAGAGGUCGGCCUGCCAAAAAAAGUCGUCUGGAAGAGAAGGGCCACUCAGAGAAAAGUGCCUGUGCAUCAAGAGGAAGUUCUUCAGGAAAAGAUCUCUCUGCAGGAAGAUUUCACCGCAAGAGAAGCAGCCCUGCAGAGGAGGGUGAUUUAGUCAAGUGUAGUAUCUGUGAAUCCAGUGUACCCUCUGCAGGGACAGAUUGCUUUGCAAGAAGUCACUCCAACAAAAGCAACCCUGGAAAGAAGAGUCGCUCCAUAGAGUGUGGAAUCUUUUCAUCAAGAGUACCCUCUGCAGGGAAAGAUCUCCGUGCUGGAAGAGGGCACACCCAAAAAAUUCAUAGGGCAGAGAAGGGUCUCUUGGUGGAGAAAUGUAGCAGUACAUCAAGAGGACCCUCUACACGGAAAAAUUGCUCUGGAGGAAGAGGUGGCCCCAACAAAAGUGGCACUGUAGAGGAGGGUCUGUCAUUCGAGCACAGUCGCAGUCCAUCAAGAAGACUCUCUUCAGGAAAAGAUCCAUCUGGAGGAAGAGGUUGCCCUAACAAACAAGGCCCUGCAGAGAGGGUUGGUUCUGUUGAAAGUAGUAGCAGCCCAUCAAGAGGACACUCUUCUGGGAAAGAUCGAUCUCGAGGAAGAUGUCACCCAAACAAACAAGGCCCUGCAGAGAGGGUUCGUUCAGUUGAGGGAAGUAGCAAUCCAUCAAGAGAACACUUUGUACCUGAAGAUCGAUCUGCAGGAAGAGGUGGCCUCAUCAAACACAGCCCUGGAGAGAGAGGUCGUUCUGUUGAAAGUAGUAGCAGUACAUCAAGAGGACCCUCUUCAUGGAAAGACCGAUCUGGAGGAAGAGGUCGCCCCAAAAAACUAGGCCCUGCAGAGAAGGGUCGUUCAAUCAAGAGUAGUAGCAGUCCAUUAAGAGGAACCUCUACAGGGAAAGAUCAGUCUGGAGGAAGAGGUCGCCCUAACAAAAAAGGCCCUGUAGAGAGGGGUCGUUCAGUUGAGGGCAGUAGCAGUUCAUCAAGAAGAACCUCUACAGAAAAAGAACGUCUUGUGAGAAGAUGUCACUCCAACAAAAGUAGCCUUGCAGAGGGAUGGUGUUCAGGGAAAGAUUUCCCUUCAGGAGGUCACCCAAACAAAAGUGGCCCUGCAGAGGAGGCUCAGUCAGUCGAGGGUAGUAGCAAUCUAUCGAGUGGACCUACAGUAGCUAAAGAUCGGUCUGCUGGAAGAGGUCGCCCCGACCAACAAGGCCCUGCAGAGAGGGGUCGUUCAGUUGAGGGUAGUAGCAGUCCAUCAAGAGAACCCUCUCUUCCUAAAUAUCUAUGUGCAGUAAGAGUUCACCUCAUCAGAUACAUCCCUGGAGAGAGUGGUCGUUCUGUUGAAAAUAGUAGCAGUCCAUCAAGAGGAACAUCUACAGGGAAAGAUCUAUCUGGAGGAAGAGGUCGCCCAAACAAUCAAGGCCCUACAAACAGGUGCCGUUCAGUUGAGGGCAGUAGCAGUCCAUCAAGAAGAACCUCUACAGGAAAAGAACGUCUUGUAAGAAGAUGUCACUCCAACAAAAGUAGCCUUGCAGAUGGGUGGUGUUCAACCAAGUAUGGUAUCUGUACACCAAGAGGACGCUCUGCAGGGAAAGAUGGCCCUUCAGGAGAAAGUCACCCAAUCAAUAGUAGCCCUGCAGUUGAGAGUCAGUCAGUCGAGGGUAGUAGCAAUCCAUCAAGUGGUCCCUCUGUAGCUAAACAUCGAUCUGGAAGAAGCGGUCACCUCAAGAGACACAGCCCUGCAGAGAGGGGUCAUUCUUUGGAAAGUAGUAGCAGUACAUCAAGAGGACCCUCUUCAAAGAAAGAUCAACCUGGUGGAAGAUGUUGCCCCAACAAACACAGCCAUGCAGAGAGGGGUCGUUCACUCAAGAGUAGCAGCAGUCUAUCAAGAGAACCCUCUUCAGAGAAAGAUCGAUCUAGAGGAAGAGGUUGCCCCAACAAACAAGGCCUGGCAGAGAGGGGUCGUUCAGUUGAGGGUAGUAGCAGUCCAUCAAGUGGACCCUCUGUAGCUAAAGAUCUAGCAGGAAGAAGUGGUCACCGCACUAGACAUAGCCCUGCAGAGAGGGGUCAUUCUUUUGAAAGUAGUAGCAGUACAUCAAGAAGACCCUCCUCAGGGAUAGAUCGAUCUGGAGGAAGACAUUGCCCCAACAAACACAGCCGUUCAGAGAGGGGUCGUUCACUCAAGAGUAGCAGCAGUCUAUCAAGAGAACCCUCUUCAGGGAAAGAUCGAUCUAGACGAAGAGGUUGUCCCCCAAAUGAAAGACCUGCAGGGAGGGGUCGUUCAGUUGAGGGUAGUAGCAGUCCAUUAAGAGAACCCCCUGUCCCCAAAAAUCGAUCUGGAGGAAGAGGUCACCUCAACAGAAAUAGCCCUGCAGAGAGGGGUCGUUCUGUUGAAAGUAGUAGCAGUCUAUCAAGAGAAACCUCUUCAGGGAAAGAUCAAUCUGGAGGAAGAGGUCGCCCCAAAAAACAAGGUCCUGCAGAGAGUGGUUGUUCACUCGAGGGUAGUAGCAGCCCAUCAAAAAGAACUGCUACAGCCAAAGAUCAAUCUGGAGGAAGAGGUUGCCCCAAUAAUAGCAGCCCUGGAGAGGAGGGUCUUUUGGUCAGGAAUGGUAGCAGUUCAUCAAGAGGACCCUCUGAGAGGAAACAUCGCCCCACUGGCCAAAGUUGGCCUUUGAAGGAAAACCACCCUGCAGUGGAGGGGCGCUCAGCAGAGAGUGGAAUUUGUGCAGACAGAGGGCCCUCUGAAGGGCAAGAGCAACCUGCAGUGAGAAGUUGUCCCGAAAAUAGUCACCUUGAAGAGGAAUUUCGGGUUUUUGGAAGGAAGAAAGCUGCAAAAAGAGGGCCUUCUGCAGCGAAAGAUCACCCCUUUAGCAGAGGUCAGCCUCUGAAGAAAAGCCGCCCUAAAGAGGGAGGCUGCUCAGCAGAAGUGGGUAACCAUGCAGAGAGGGAAGCAUCUGCAGGGGAAGGUUACCCCACAGGCAGAGGUCAGCCUCAGAAGAAAAGCCACCCUGCUAAGGCAGGGCACUCAGUUAAGAGGAAACCUUCUGCAUGGAAAGAGCCCCACACUGGGAGAGGUCAGGUUUUAAAGAAAAGCCACCCUGCAGAGAGGCAUCCAUCUGCCUCUAUGAAAAUUUGUCCUUCUAAAAAACAUCGAGCUGCAGAGAAAGUUGUCUGUGCAAAGAGAGUUCGUUCUCCAGAAAGAGUUCACUCCAUGGAGAGAAUUCAUCUUGCUAAGAAAAGUUGUCCUGCAGAGAGACAGCUCUCUGCUGAGGAAGGUAGCAUGGCAGAGCCUAGUUGCUCCUUUCGGAAAGAUCUUUCAAAAGAAACAGCUAACUCUUCCCAGGAAAGCUGCACAGCUGAAGAAGGGAGUAGGGUAGACAAUAUGCAUUCUGUGGAGAAAGGUCAUAUCUCCAUGGAGAAACACUUCCCUGAAGAGAAACUGUCUUCAGGAUUCGUGUCUAAGGCGACAGAGCCAAACAAUAUGCCGAGUCCUCCAGAAAACAAAAUUGGCAGUGAUACCAAUCAAGUAGCCCAGGUCUCUCACCGUAAUGUGCCUGUGACUGUGAAGAUAAAAAUGGGAGUUGAGUUGAGCUUGCCUGGUGAACUGAAGUCUCGUCUUGUUGAGGACUGGGACUUGGUCACCAAGCAAAAGCAGUUAUUCCAACUUCCUGCUGAGAAGAGUGUAGAUACCAUUCUUGCAGAAUAUGUGACUUUUGUGAAGUCACAAGGGCUUGCUGAUAAUAGAGAAUACUCCGUUGAUGAGCUUGUAUUUGGAAUAAGAGUGUAUUUCAACGACAUGCUGGCCACGCAGCUGCUCUACCAGUUUGAAAGGCCCCAGUAUGCUGAAAUUCACCUAGCUUAUCCUGAUAGUCCAAUGUCUCAGGUUUAUGGGGCUCCACACCUCCUGCGAUUGUUUGUGAAUAUUGGGACUGCAUUGGCCCAUUCACCUCUUAACAGGCAGAGUCUUCUCUUAAUGUGUAACUAUAUGCAUGGUUUUCUUGAAUAUCUUGUAGAGAACUCUACUUUGUUUAAUGCCAACAAUUACAGAGUAGCUUCUGCUGAAUAUUGCUGCAAAGCCCUGUGAAGGGCUAAACACUUAAUCCUGGACCAGUAAAUAUUUGUUUCCUGUUUGCACUGUGUAAUUGAUGUUCUUGAAAACUAUAUAACAGGGCUGAAUGUUUCCAUUCGAUUAUUUUUGUUGUGAGCAGAAAAUAAUAGUGAUCUUUACCACCGUGUACCAUCAUUCAACAACAAAUAAAUGUUCACUAA